GGUUUUGUUUCCCAUAGAUCCGCUCGUUCUUUUUCGUGUUCUCGCAGCGUGGUCGGAGAAUCGCUGAUCAUGCAGAUCUUCGUGAAAACUCUUACGGGGAAGACCAUCACCCUCGAGGUCGAGGCGUCGGAUACGAUCGAAAAUGUAAAGGCGAAAAUUCAGGAUAAGGAAGGAAUUCCACCGGAUCAGCAGAGGCUGAUCUUUGCCGGUAAGCAAUUGGAGGAUGGCAGGACUUUGUCAGAUUACAACAUCCAGAAAGAAUCCACUUUACACUUGGUGCUGCGCUUGCGAGGCGGUGCUAAGAAACGCAAGAAGAAGAACUACUCUACCCCCAAGAAAAUCAAGCACAAGAAAAAGAAGGUUAAGCUUGCUGUGCUCAAAUAUUAUAAGGUAGAUGAAAAUGGAAAAAUCCACCGUUUGAGACGAGAAUGCCCCAUGGAGCAGUGUGGCGCCGGUGUAUUCAUGGCGGCAAUGGAAGACCGUCAUUAUUGCGGCAAAUGCGGAUACACGCUUGUAUUCAAUAAACCAGAGGACAAAUAAAUUCCCGGGAUAUAUUUCCACGUA